AUGCUGCCCGGAGGAUUACAGCACGAGGACGACCCCGGGAGUCUUUCCUCGGCAGACCGAGUGAUUCUGAAUAUGGGAGUGAGGGUGGCCGUAGCAAACACCACCGUGGCCAGACCCCCUGCCACCGUGACACUAGUGCGUUUCGUGGUCGCCCAUAUGAUCGGCACCGCUCUCCGUCCAACUAUCCAGAUAGCCAGUAUAAUUUCGAUCGCGAUCACCGUUACGGAACAGGUCGAUAUUCAUUCUCAGGACUCCAUACAUAUGGACAAUCCUACGUACUGUGCCCCAAGUGCCAUCUCCGAUAUUCUAAUAAGUUAUGCACCAUCUGCCACAUCUGUAAGCAGCCGGGCCACUACUCCAGACGGUGCCCCCACAAGGUUACCUCCUCGGUUACAACAGUUACCGACACCAAGGACGACCCCACACCACUCAUCACUGGAACUUAUACCCCACGUGAGCACUGACAGGUGGCAGGGACAACGCGCACAUACACUGAACCACAACAUUUGGCCCUACACGACGAAACAGUGA